UUGGGCCCAGAUACUCUACAAAGUUCAAGCAAUUUCCAACAUUUCAGUAUUUGUGGUACUCUUUCAAAAAAUUAUCUCCAUGAAAACAUUUACCUAUCGGAUCUGGCAGCUAAAUCUUCACGCACAUGUAGUAAUGUCCGAGUAAAUAUCCUUUUUUAUACCUCUGUCAAUAUACCCUGCUUAUUCCAGGCCAUACGACAUCUUCCCGAUACAUUUUUUCCGCCAUUCAUCAAUGAAGUGACCUGCGAUAGCGACAAAGCUUGUCUAUUAGCAGAGGUAAAUUUAGCUCAUGGAAAAUGUCGACAAAAACAUAUGAAUUUCGUGGUGCUGCGAAAUGUGGGAACAAAUGACUGUCAAAUAUGGAAAAAGUUCAAUCUGAAUGUGCGAGUUUCCUGCGAAUGUUUUAUGAGAUGUCGUUUUUCGCAAAAUACGUGUGAACUGGAUCAUAAACAAAGUGAUUCAAACCAAAUCAAUCUAGUCGCAGCAAUGAUUUCACAUACAGUUCUCAGAUCAGCUAUUAGGUGACU